AUGAUGAUGAGCAGCGUACAGGAUGUAGAUGCGGACGCUCGCCUGCUGGAGGACGGCAGAGCAGCUCCUGAAAAUGUUCACCCCGACGACAUCUCUUCAUGGGAGAAAACGACCCAAAGAAAGAGAUAUAUCCGGAAUGCUCAGUGCCUGUUGGUGUUCAACUUGGCAGUGGGUCUUAUUCUUGCUUCACUCUUGGCGUCUUUCUGUAUAAAACCGGGUCUGGAUUACCCCUGGAUGCCUCACCGUCUUCAACGUGUGUCCCUUCUGCUGCUUGCUUGCGAGUUCCACCUCUUCUUCGUUGCCCCCCCUAUCUGCCUGCUCUGGAGGCUGUGCUCUGUUUCCAAGCUAAACCAAGGUACAGAUAACGGCCGCGACUCUGUGUGCAUCCUUAUUCUCUCAGUGUGUGAGUUUGGCUGCGGCGCAUGCGCGUCAGCAAUGAGCGCGUUUAGCAUCUAUACAGGAAAGAUACUUGCUCCGAGGGAUGCUUCGAAUGGCUUGAUCACAGUAUUAUCUUUCGGAAUGGGGGCGUGUCUACUAUUCACCCUCCUUGGGAACCCGAAAUUUCAUAUUGCGAAGAGCAUCAACAGUCGAGCAGUCCGGUUUGAAGCAGAGCUCUCCGUAACGGGGGCAAUCUUGAAUAUGACGUUAGCUCUCUCUGCUGCUUUGGCAAUCGCGCAGUCCAGCCUUCCUGGAAAGAAAUUGUCGGUCAUUGGAGCGGCCGAGUACCCAGUCAUGUUCUUCGGCGCUCUGCUUUUGGUGAAGUCCCUCACGCACCUGACAAAAGAACUCUUGCACCACCGAAAGGCAGUGCCGGCGGAUAGCACGACGCAAUGA